AUGUCAACAGGAACUCAACAAGCCGUGAUAGCUGAUUAUUUAAUACUUUCUUUACCACAAUCGGCCAAUGGUGAACAAUAUUUAGAGCAAUCAUUAAAUAAUGGAAAACAACAAUUAUACAACCUCAAAAUUCCAGAUUUCCAAAGUGGAACAUUAGAUUCAUUAGUUCAAGAAAGCGAAGAAUUAAAUAAAAUAGAUCAACAAUUAGGUUCAUCCGUUGCAAAAGUUAUAGAUAUAUUGAAUUCAGUAAGUGAAACCAAGAGUUCUUCCAGAAUUGUUCAAUCUAGAUCAAUUUUCGAUUAUAUUCAAAAUUUUCAAUGGAACUCUUCAAAAUAUAGAUUAGAUAAACCAAUAAAUCAAUUAGUCAAAAUAAUUUCAAGUGAAGCAAUUACUUUAGAUAAUGAUGUUAGAUCUUCUUAUCAAAAUUAUCAAACUGCAAAAUCAAAUUUUUUAGCAGCUGAUAGGAAAAAGAAUGGAGAUUUAUCAAUAAAAUCAUUACAUGAAAUUGUAAAACCAGAACAAUUUGUAUUAGAUUCAGAAAAUUUAGUAACUUUAUUAAUUGCAGUACCUAAUAAUCUUGUUUCAGAUUUUAAAAAUAGUUAUGAAACUUUAACACAAUUUGUUAUACCAAGAUCAGCAGAAAUUAUUGCAAAAGAUUCAGAAUUUACUUUAUUCACAGUAACUUUAUUCAAGAAAUUUCAACAAGAAUUUAUAAAUAAUGCAAGAGAACAUAAAUGGCAUCCAAGGACUGAUUUUAUAUAUAAUGAUGAAAUGCUUAAUAAUUUGAGAAAAGAAUUUGAUAUAACAAAAGCAACUGAAACAAAACUGAAAAAUGAAUUAAUAAGAUUAAGUAAAACUGCUUAUUCAGAUAUAGUGGCUGCUUGGUUUCAUAUUAAAGUUAUAAGAGUUUAUGUUGAAGCUGUAUUGAGGUAUGGUUUACCACCACAAUUUGAUAACUUCUUAAUUAAAUUUGAGGGAAGUAACUUGAAGAGUGUUGGUGAUGUUAAAAAACAAUUAAUCAAGAAAUUUGGUUAUUUAGGUGGUGAUGGUUAUUCAAAUAAUACUAAUUUACAUGAAUAUGCAUCUUUGGUGGAUACUGAUUAUGAGCCAUUUGUAAUGUAUGAAUUUGAAAUUGUUUAA